GUAUAUCUGUAAUUGAUAUGUUAUUCACUGUUGAUCGUCGACCUUAUUGUUUUACCAGUACGGAAAUAAGCAGAACUGUUAACCGUUGGAUAGGGUAUGUCACAAAAUCCUAUAAAAAUGCAAAACCUCGCGAGACCUUCCAUCAUUUGCAUAUUUUUAAUUAUCAGCACUCCAGUAAUUAUUGAUGAUGUGAACUGUCAAGGAGUAAGACCUCGCCAGUUUCUUACAGAAUCCCCGAGAUUUUCACAGAAUCAGAAUAGUUCAGAGCUUCACCGUAACGCAAUCAAGACAGAUCAAAGUGCGGCAAUUAACGCUGAUAUCCCUCCGCUGCGGUUUCCUAAAUUUACACACACCCGUGCGUAUGACAGCGUGAACCCUGCCGAGAAUGACAGCAGGAUGUUUAACCUAACUGAGCAUCAAUUUCUGUGUUUUAAUGUGACCAGAGCUCCAAGAGAAGAUGGCAAAGUGUACUGCAAUGCAACCUCUGACCCCUUUUCGUGCUGGCCAUUGACACAAGGUGGACAUUUUGCAGUCAUUUCCUGUCCGGAGGUCCCAGGAGUGGACGCAACUAAAAAUGCCACAAAGUUCUGUUUUCCAAAUGGCACAUGGAUGGAAAAGGCGAAUUAUAACGCUUGUCUCACGCAAGGAAUAGCUGUGGAACGCGAUAAUGAAUUCCAGGGGGAAUUAGCUACAGAUUAUGUCUCCCGAAUCAUUUACAAUCUUGGAUUCACCAUCUCCACUGUCGCCCUUGCCAUUGCUUUGUUUAUUUUUACGUACUUUAGGAGUUUAAGAUGCCUGAGGAAUAUCAUCCAUUGUCAUCUUAUCGUCACUUUCAUCUUAAGGAACAUCAUCUGGAUCAUCAUGCAGCAUACGCUUCUUCCAAUUGUCAAUAAUCAAGAAACUUGGGCUUGCAAACUUGAGGUAGCUAUUUUCAACUAUGCUCAGAUGACUAAUUUCUUCUGGAUGCUGGUGGAGGGUCUGUACCUUCAUAUUAUAAUAGUGUGGACGUACUCUGCAGAUAAAAUCAAGAGAUGGUACUUCAUUGUUAUCGGUUGGGGUAUACCAAUGAUAAUUAUGGCGGUGUGGGUAACCCUUCGCAUUUAUUCAACUUCAACAGAAAAACACAAGAUCUCCGUGUUAUUAGAUUGCUGGUUACCCCGUUAUAAUUCUAACCACAGUGACGACUUGGAUUACAUAUAUGUCGGACCAACUCUGCUGGUGUUAGCUGUAAACAUGUUAUUUCUAGCAACAAUCAUUUGGGUUUUAGUUACAAAAUUAAGAGCAUCAAACAGCUUGGAAACGAGGCAACUAAGAAAAGCUGUAAAAGCCACUCUGCUGCUUCUUCCGUUGUUGGGAAUUACUUAUCUCUUAUUUAUAUGGCCGCCAACUGAUCACGAGGCAGUUGUAGAAGCCCACAAGUUCAUUAACACCUUUCUGCAAUCUUUUCAGGGCUUCUUUGUCGCUUUGUUUUAUUGUUUUUUGAAUGGAGAGGUAAAAUCAGUUUUAAAGAAGAAAUUCUCGGCAUUUCGAGAAAAUCGGACUUUGGCAACCAGGUAUACAAAAACUUCCAUCGGCUGGGCAAAUGAUAUUACCAUACACAAAGACCACAUGCAACUUGCAAAUGGAAAGCGAAAUAUGUCUGCCAAUUCGCUCGACGGCAGGAUGGUAUCUAAUAACAACAGUUGUGAUGGAGAUAUCGAGUCAGAAAGGAUGUUAUAACGUCAUAUUUUCUCAGUCGGACGUAACAUGCAAAAUUUUGAAAUUCCAUUCGAUCGGUGAUCUUUCUGCUUGGUGUUAUAAAAUUAAUUUUAGAUGCUUUUGCGUGUGGUUUGAUGUAUAAAAAUUUAAAUGCCUAUAUCCUGAUAUCAUUGAGCCCGCGAGAACAUCGAAUGGAGCAAUGCUAAGAAGAAUUUUACGUUUGUUAGAAUAUGAUCUUUGCCCUAUUUUGUGCGAAGCAAAGAUGGACGUAUAGUGUAAAUGAUUUUUCCCGUUGAUACAUUACACUAUUUUUUUUUAAUUUGACAGAUAAUAUAUUGAAUAUUUAAGCUGUUGUAAGAUUAAUUUUGGACAUAAAUGUAUAUUGACACUAUAAUUUAUAUUAUGAUCUUUUAAUACUCGUUUUACGUGCUUUAUGAACAAUUAUUUCAUAUUAAUAUUAAAAAGUUUGUUUUUAUCAUUGAGUUAAUUGAGGUAAACAUUUUGUAUGAGGGUAUCCAUUAUGUCAUGUUUGUUUAACAGGAAUAUUAAUAAAUAUUUCAACAUGAUAUGCCAACAACGGAAUAUGUUCAAAGGAAAAAGAUGGUACAUGUGUACCCUUUUGGUAAUAUUUAUUAUAGUAAGUUAAGGUUUUCACUAUACAUGUACAUGGGUUUUUGUAAAGUAGCUGGUUGAAAUAAUUCUACUUGU